UGGCGCCCAACAUAGUGGCCAAUUUUACCGAUUAUUUUCUGAGGCGAAGUCCAAGACUGCAAAGCAACUUGACUUUAGCGCUUACCAACGAACAAUUCGAGCGUUUGAUGGGCGCAGUACAUACUAGCAACAACCGUGUGGGAACUUUUUCCACGUGCACUGCCCGCUAUAACGGCGAGCGUAAUCCAACAAAAGUUGAGGAGUUUAUUGCCGCAAUUUCCACAUUCAAAAUGCUGGAAAAAAUCAAUGAUUGCGAUGCAAUCAACGGAAUGCCAAUGUUACUCGAAGGUGACGCUGCUGAGUGGUGGCGUGGCAUAAAGGAUAAUGUUACUGAUUUUGUUGACGUCGUAUGUAAGCUGCGCGAAAGUUUUUCACCCGCAAGACCCGCAUGGCGAAUUUAUUACGAGAUUUUUGAGCUGAAGCAACAAAAGAACGAACCUACGGAUACCUUUAUUCGGAGGAAGCGAGCGCUAUUUUCACAGCUGAAGAAUGUUCCUGCCGAAGCAGAGCAACCAGAUAUGCUGUUCGGAAUGUUGCACGCACAGAUCCGGGAAAGA